GAAAACCGGUAUCGGUGACAUUGUCGAUCGGCACACAUUGCACAUUGCAGUUCCAUUCAUCCAUCGGAAAAGUGCCUCAUCCUCGCGUGCCAAUUGUGUGACCUUUGACUUACGACAAAAUCGGACUAAAAAUCAUGGGUAAUCUCAGUAAGUAUUUCUACGAGAUGACCCGGGACAAAACCUGUCGGGAUAUGUUACAUCCCGGGUACACGUGCGCCCAGGCCGCCGUGAUCUACGUGAAGCAGGGAACGUGGGGCGCAAUGCGGCACUAUCUUCCUACUGUGGUGACCGCACUUCUGUUCAGAAUGAACCAGUGGGACAAUCCAGAUGUUUGGAUGCAGGCAAUGCUACAGUACGGACGUUGCAUCCUAGCCGGGCUACCGAUGACGGCCGGGAGUUUCCACUUCUUUUGCGGAUUUUACAACCUUCUAGGUCGAUUUUCGGCGCCGUUCUUCGUGUUCGUUCCUUCUUUUCUCGGUGGGUGCACUUGUAUGUUCCUGCCACGAUCGAUUAUACGAACGCAGGGUAUCGGCCUUUUCAAUACGUACGUUGAGUUUCUAAUUCGUCGAAUGCGAGGAAAAACAGCUGAAGCGUUGCGAGUUUCACGUCUUAUCGGAACCAUUGCAUUCAGCUUGAUGAGUGCCGCCAUUAUGCCGGGACUUCAAUAUCUGGAUCUCAAAAAUAGCUUCUGGUUUGCGCACACCUACGAUACCACGAAAAACAACAACCCAACACCAAUCGAAGCCAAAGCAUCUUCUUGCCCUCAUCACCCGGACCACAGCUGUUUCGAUCAUGUCCUGAAGGAAUCGAAACGGUCCUUCUACUUUGGUUGCGCAAUCUGGUCCAUUAAAAACAUCCUUCCACGUGUCCUAUUGGCUUUUACCAGUCCAGUAACCUUCGUACGGACCCUUCUCUCGCAAAAGGACUACGGUCUUAUUGCUUUCUUCUCCUGCUACAAAGCUUUCUACGAAUCAAUGCACUGCUUGCUGAUCCGCAAAACAGACCUAACUCCCCUGGCAAGAGCAGCCCUAGCCGGCCUAGUCGCAGGAAUCGCUUACCGGAUGUACCCCAGCUACGUUCUGUUUACCUAUCCGAUAAGCCAACUGGUCGAAAUCUACUGGAAGGUGUACAUGAAGUCGGACCUCGAGAAACCGCGCCUAGUCGAGUGGAUCGAUCGUCUCCCGAUGGCCCAUCUGGUGUACUGCUUUGCGCUCGGUAUGAUGUACCAUCUCCGGGUUGUCUAUCCGUACCAUACCAAUCGGAUCUGCCACAAGGUGAUGAACAUCGGAACGACCGGACGAUCAGAGAUGUUGGCCCGUGGCUAUGCGGAAAUUAUGCUGGGACUGAGAGAUUGAUGAAUUGAUGUUAACAGAGAGUUCGUUAUAUUUAAACUUUAA